UUAUAUUUUUUUUUUACAGAUGUAGAACGCAAGGAACAACAAUGAAGAAUUUCUACCACUCUUUUGUCACCUAAAACACAUCAUGGAUUUAAUUUCAAAAAAUAAACCUUUCCAUAAAGAAAAUUUUUUUACAAUGGACACAGCACCUAUCGUCAGUCUUUUCAACAUGGGCACACAACAACAAACGGCAUCCGGUAACGAAACAAUCAAUCAAGUGUGGACGAAAGAACAUUUCGAUGAACUUAACGGGUUGGGUCAGAGAAAAAGUUACCUGAAAGCCAAUCUCUGUUUAGAUUUAAAACCUUUAAAAACCUCUUGGGCGAGCACAAAUCAUUACGAAAGGGAUAUUAACGGCAACGAGGAUGAGGAGGACGAGGAUGAAGGAGAUUUUAAGCAUGAAACGCAGGACACAUCGCCGACGCCUACAACGCCUGAUAAAGAAAUCGUAUCGCCUUCGCACCACGCGAGAAGGCCUAUGAACGCGUUCCUAAUUUUUUGCAAGAAACACCGCCCGAUUGUACGCCAAAAAUUUCCUCACUUAGAAAAUCGGGGGGUGACUAGAAUACUGGGGGAGUGGUGGGCGCUGCUUGAAACCGGUGAAAAGAGUUGCUACACAAACUUAGCUAAAGAGUACAAAGAUGCGUUCUUCUCCGCCAAUCCGGAUUUCAAAUGGUACAAACUUCCAGCGCCACCACUGCGAACACUAAACACACGUCCAAUCAGUGUUUACAAAAUUUCGUCGCCGUUAGCAAGCCCUACACACACAACUCCAACUUCUGCCGAAUUUACUCCAGGCAAACUGGCAGAUGAAACACAGUUGGGAAAUUUGACAUCGUUAAUGCAAACUAACUGCUCCACAACUAAAACUCCAGAUAGUCAUAAUACGUACGCAAGUGAAGCGAUGGACACAAACUCAUUCCUCAAUAAUAAUAAUAAUAAUAAUGUCGAUGUAGAAAAUAAUAGUGAAAAACAUAAGCAAUUGUUGAUAACUCCAAGUACAGAUACAAUUACCACUUCUUUUCCACCCAAACCAAUAAAAAAACGAAAAUUUUACGAAUUUAGUGAGAGUGACAAUAAUAACGUUGCACAGGAUAUUUUUGGAAUCAAGUCGCAAGCAGAGGUUGAUUAUAAUGAAAACACAUUCAUAAAAGACACACCUGACUGUGACCCGAACAAUGGUUUCCACGAACCCGAAAACAUGACACAGCAGGAGUUGAUGAAUAAGGUUGUGGAUAGCAUGUUUCCAGAUAAAGGUGCUGGCAUGGAUGAAGAAACAAAAGAUGAAACUAAGGAAACAAGAAAAUCGGGUCGUUCUUGUAAGGGGCGUAGGUACGCCGAGUUUAUGAUGGAAGGCAAGCUACUAGGAACUAAGCAAAUCAAACGAUUCACACAAUACAAACCUGAUAUUAUCAAUAAAUUCGAUAAUGCUUUAAGUAAUAUAUUUUACUAUAACUUAUUACCCCAAACAAUAAAAAGUAGCCGAUCACUGAAGCAGUUCAAAACUAAAAUACGUUUCCUAGCGACCAAUGACGAUGAAGGCGAGUACCUCUCUGUGUUCCCAGAAGUCGCCGAGGCAGCCCCCAAAGUCCAUCAGACGGCGGACGAUACGAUUAAGCCGCGAGUCACAGGCGUUUUAGGCCCUGUGCGUCGCGGUAGGAACUCUAAGCGCAUAUUAAGAGACCGUUACCACCAUGACCUGACCAGCCAGAAGCUGGUUCUGACCGCCAGUCUUCGAGUGCCUCUUCAGGGGGACGAGUCGGACGGAACUAGCUCGCUGCGUGAUGUUACAUACUUGUCGUGGAGUGAGCUCAAGACUGAUUGGAAGUACAGAUUUCCCAACAAACGAUGA